AUGUAAAAUUAGUAAUCCGAAUACCAACAUAGUACUAAUAGGAAUAAGUCUCAAUCUAAUAAGGAUUUCAAUAUAUUAUUCGUAAUUUAUAUAAUAAAAUCAAGUUAACUCAAUAAAUAUUGGAAAAAUAACGAUCAGGUUAAAUAUCAAUGGAUGAUAAUUAGUUAUUCUCGCAUUUUUAUUAAAAACAUCCAUUUAUUACUAGUCUCAACUAAUGUGCAGAAACAAAUUUAUUAACAGAAUACAUUCCAUAUAUUAAAUAUGUUGAAAUAGAUUAAAAUACUAUUGUAAUUUAGAAUGGAGAAUAUGGUGAUCUAUUUUAUGGUUUAAUAUAAGGUAAAAUCAAUAUCAAUGAAUUAUGUUUUGGAAUUGAAGCUUUAACUUAAAUUCCUUACGUUUAAGAUGUCAAAACAGUUGAGAAAUCUAAAUUUCUAAUAAUAAGUAGAUCUAACUUUUAAGAAGCUUUAUAUAAGGCAAAAUUCAAGGAGAGAAAUAAUCUUAUAGAAUUUAUGAAGGAAUCCUAAAUUUUUUAUAGGAUGUCUAAAAGAACAAUAGCAUCAUUUAUAAAUUUUUUUACCUUGGUUUAUUUCCGAAAGAAUUAGAUAAUUUAUAGAGAAGGUGAAUAGGCAGAUUAUGUUUAUAUGAUAAGAGUAAUUGAUAGUAAUAUUAUUUUUAGGAGGGAGAAUUCGAAUUGAGUAAAUAGUUUGAUAUUUAGAAUAAACAUAAAUCAUUACCAAUUACAACAAUAGGAAAACCAGAAUUAUUUGGAGAUUUGGAUUGUUUGAUGAAUACUAGUAGAUAAUAUACUGCAAAAUGUAAAGAACAAGCAUAUUGUUAUAAGAUUUCAAAUUUAGUAAGAAUAUGAAUAAUUUAGAACUUUUAUGCAAUUAUUUAAAAGAAUCCUCAUUGUGGGAUAGAAAAUUACAUAAAUAGUGUUAUGAGAACAUAAACAUUGAGUAGAUAAGAGAGAUUAUAAACAGCAUCAGCAGUAUUAUCAGGAAAUAGGAAUUUAAUAUUUGGAGUGGAAGAGAUAUAGAAAUAAAAUAAAUAAUAAGAGAAAAAGUUUUAUCAUAAUUCAUCACCUGCCAAAAUAACUUAACGAUUCACUCCUAUUUAUAGUAAUUCAAAUAGAAAAAAAAUAAGAGUACGUUGUGCUACUUUGUAUAAUGAAGGUACAGUUGUUAGAUGUUAACAUAAACAGUAAGGAUAAAGUGAUCGUUAAGAGUAACUUAUAAAGUUAAAGGGUUAAUUAUUUGAUGAAAUAGAGAUACCAGAUAGGAUAAAAAGAAAAUAUUAGUAAUAAUUAAAAGAUCUCAAAGAUUAGACUCUUAGAAGAUAAUUAUUAAUUAUAAGAACUUAAAAUAAUUAAUCAAGGAUAAUAGCUUAAAGCAUGAUUUCAUGA